AUGGUUGGCAUGAUGAAAUCAGAGGAGAGUUAUUCUGGUAUGGCUUUGCCGCUACUGUCAUCAACUCAAAUUGAUCCGAAUGGCCACGAUAGUCACUGCAUUGCGCUUUCGCCACGAUGCUUGAAAAUUGUACAAUCUAUGAAAGGUAUUAUGUUUGGAAUAUUCGCCGCAAUCUCGUUUGCCGUGGCAGAUUAUUGGAUACGAGUGGUACAAGAAGUCGGCGGAGUUGGACCACUGCAGACGACUUUUUACUUAAACAUUGGUAUGAGCAUUUGCGUCAUUCCAAUUAUAAUUUAUAAAUCAAUCAAUAUUGUUGGAAAGAGUUACAAAGAACUGGGUAUUUUAAUAACAAUCGCAGCUCUUUAUUUAGGAUCGUCCUUCACAUUAAUUAAGGCGUUAUUAUUGGGACCUAUCGGCAAUGUUACUGGAAUUCUACGUGGAACAAUGCCAAUUAUAACGCCCAUAUUAUCGAUGAUAGUACUCCGUGAAUCACUUCACAUCGUUGAUGGUAUAGUAACUGUUGUUAAUAUUUGUGGUAUAUUGCUGAUGGCACAACCACCGGAAAUAUUUGGAACUGAAGAUCAGUUUGAAGCGGUGAAUUCUCUCGAAAUGUUUGCGUAUGGUUUGGCGAUAUUUACUGGUGUGCAGUUGUCUCUUUGUAUUGUAAUAGUCAGGUAUUUAGGGGAAAACAGUAGUGCAUUGGUAAUACUGUGCUGGGUUAGUAUAAUUGGUUCUGUGAUAUCCUUAAUUUUUACUCUGGUAAUCGAAAAUCCAAAAUGGACUAUGGAUUUAGAAAUGUCUUUAACAGCUACUGGAAUGGUCAUUGCAACUCUAUUGGGAACGGUGUGUCGAUUAAAAUCUCUUCAAUUAACGGAAGCCACACCCAUUGUUUUAUUGGCGAACAUCCAAAUAGUUGUAGCAUUUUUGUUGCAAACCUACGGUUUGCUUGAAAUUCCUGAUAUUUACUCUAUUUUAGGGACUAGUAUUAUUUUACUUGGAGCGAUAGUAUGUGCUGUAAAUACCUGGUGGAGGGAUUAUCAGCUUAAGAAAAAAUGUCCAUACUAUGAUAUGUAA